CAAUGAUAGUUUUGAAAUCUUAUUUGCAUGCAUUUUUUCGCGUGAAUUUUUCGAACUUGCUGCACUUGUUUUCGUGCUGUCACACACGAUGGGUUUGUUCAAUAAGAAGAAAAAAGAUGGCGAUCAAAACCAGUCAGUAACACUAAAAAAAGAAGUUUCUGUAUUGCAAGGUGUCAGUAUUGUUGUUGGAGUGAUAAUUGGUUCUGGAAUUUUCGUAUCACCAGUAGGAGUUGUAACAUAUACUAAGUCUGUUGGAUUAUCUUUGAUUUUGUGGUCUGUAACCGGUCUAUUCAGCGCUCUUGGCGCAAUUGUGUACGCUGAGUUAGGAGUCACGAUUCCUCGAUCUGGUGGAGAAUAUAUUUACAUCCUCCAGACAUUUGGACCCUUACCCGCCUUUCUUGCCUUUUGGAUCACAUUUGUAGUAAUUGGAUCUGCCAGCUGUGCUGCAAAUGGACUUAUCUUUGCAGACUAUAUUCUCCGGCCAGCAUUCCUUAGUUGUACUACUCCCACUGAUGCUGUUCGACUUGUUGCAGUUCUUGGGAUUCUAACACUUUGUUUCAUACACUGCUUUAGUGUUAAAUGGGCAACGAAAAUCGCAGUUGUCUUCACUGCUUGCAAAGUAGCAGCUCUAUUGCUUAUUAUUGGGUUUGGAUGUUACUACUUAGCUCUAGGUAACACGGAGAGUUUCAAGGAUUCGUUUGAAGAUAGUGAAACGUCACCAGGAGCACUUGCACUGGCAUUUUAUCAGGGAUUUUGGGCUUUUUCUGGUUGGAAUUGUCUCAAUUUCCUAACUGGAGAAGUAAAAAAUCCUGCAAGGACUCUUCCAAUUGUGAUCGUCCUUUCUCUUACAACAGUUACAUUCAUCUACAUCUUAACGAAUGUAGCCUACCUUGCAGUAUUAUCACCUACAGAAGUUCUCGCUUCAGGUGAUGGAUCUGCGGCUAUAGCUGUGAGUUUUGCAACAAGAUGUAUGGGCUCCUUUGGCUUGGUAAUGCCGGUUCUGGUGGGCGCCUCUGUAUUCGGAAGUAUAAACGGUGAGGUAUUUUCCAUUUCUCGAUUGGCACUUACUGCUGGAGAGGAAGGACAUAUGCCUGCUCUACUUUCAAUGGUUAACAUUGAACGUCUAACUCCAAUUCCCUCGGUGUUAUCUGUGGUGAUGUUAGCUAUUACUUACCAAAUGUUCGACGAUAUAUUCUAUUUAAUCGAGCUAACAGGAUUUGCUUUUGCUGUCAUUUCUGCAAUGGCUGUUGGUAGUUUACUACACAUUCGUCGAACACAUCCUGAAAUGAAUACAUCUGGAUUUCGGUUACCUAUAUUCGUCCCAGUGUUGUAUCUGGUUGUCGACAUUGCUAUUGGAAUACUGACAGUAUAUCAGUCUCCAAAAUCCUCUGCUGUUAGUUUAGGUGUGAUGGCGUUAGGCAUACCGGUCUAUCUUUUUGGAGUUUCGUGGAAAAACAAGCCAGAAUCCAUGCAGUCACUAAUAUAUCAAAUCACAGUUACUUUGCAGAAAGUUUUAAAAGUUGUUGAACAAGAAACUGCUUCUGACACUGUAAAAGAAAAUGAUAUUCACAUGAAAUCUGCACCAUCAUCUCCUGAAAUUUCUUGGGGUGUUACAAAAUAAUGAUGAUAAUCAUGAUGAUGAUGAGUGAUUGGGAGAGAAAAUUCCUAUAAUCUGUGUGUGUCGUUUAUUAAUGAACAACCCCACCCUGACUUUUAUCUAUCUAUUAUGUACUUCUGCUGAUACACUACUAUUGCGCUGUGAAAUUGAUUCGACAACCAACCCUGUGUAACCCCUUUUAUCUUUUAUCAUCAGAGCUUGCGCUAUUCUCAUCAUCAACCUUUUUCACGCUUCCUCUUCUUGUUCCUCCUUCGCCUCCUGUUUAAACGCCGUCUUUUUCGUGCCAUUAUGCCUUAUCGUUUUGUUUUUCUUGUAUUUUGUGAAUUAUACAUGUGUAGUGUCAUUGCAUAACGAUGAUAACAACAGAAUCCUUAUUCCCGUUUUCGCUUAAAUCCAGUAUGAUUAUUAUUGUAUUACCACCUCAUUGCCCAGUUAUGCGCCACAUUAGUCUUCCAUAGCAUCCACCCACCCUGCUGCACGCCUCCUCUAUUUAUUUAGUGGGGCGACAGAUACCCUACACGUGUGUGGGUAGAUGCGUGUAUGCAUACAAUAAUUUUGUUUAUUGAAUUAUGAGAACAUACAUCGAUGUAUUCACAUUUAAAACUGUCAGAUUUAUUUCAACGAAGAUAUAAAUCCUAUAUGUAUAUGAUUGCUUGAAGUCAUUGAAUGUUAUUCGUUAGAAGAAGGAACUACAAAAUGUGUGUAGGUGACUGUGUACGAUUGUCACAAAUAACUGAAUAUCCUUUAUUCUUGAAACAUUUAUUUAAAUUAGGGUUUUAUACAUAUAUAUGCAAACGAGUGUGUCGUUUACACUAAAACAUUUUACUUUUGAAAAACUCAUUGUUCAUUGUUCAGUCAAACUAAUCAUCUCUGCCACCUAACCUUUUGAAAAUGUAUGUUUGCGUUAAAAGGUGAGGCAGUAACUCAUCGAAGAAGA